AAUGGGCCAGGUACUUCUAAAGUGGUGAGGCUUCACCGGUGUGUCUACACAUCAAUAAACAAAAUACGCCACGGCUGUAAAGCCCUGACACAUACGACCCGUGUCGGCUGUGCUCUGUUGGCCGCAUAGUUGCCCGCCUCCACGCACAAGGCUAUGGAGCACUGUUUGCCUUCUUUGGAGGUAGAAGCGGACGUGGGUUAAGCCGGUUCAGGGUGGCGUAUUGCAAGCUGAAGGAACGGAGCAGGUGUGAAGAUGGAUUUCUAAACACUGCCUCAGCCCAAAGUCCACCGCCCAUACGAUAGAGGAAUACGGGUCCAAUGAUGCGGCCAUAUUGUCGCCUGAAUGCCUGGCAUGCAGAACGUUUAUGUAGCUGCGGACGGUCGCACUGCCUUGUUGGUGAGGUCGCUCUCAUCGACAACAAUGCUUCCAGUACAGCGAUGGCCCUCGACCUCAGCACUGUCAGUUUUGUCGGUAGCGCAAUGAAGCUUGCUUGGGAGGUGUACGAUAAAGGCUUCAAGAAGGAGAAGUCGUCGCCACAACGAUAUAUCGAGUUCGGAUCUGCACUCCACGGCCUCUAUUCCAACCUCAAGAAUAUCGAGUCGGUCGUCACGAAAGCGAAUAAUGACCUGAAGAGCGAUGAACUCGGCUCAUUUGGGCCUCCAGCUUUAGAUCUGUCCUCCUUCGCCGAUAUCAUUGGCAACUUCAAGGUUACACUAGAGGCAUGCCGGGACCUGCUCAACGACCAGAGCAAAUUCCGUCAGAAGAAUGGAGUCAUCACGAAUAUCAUAUACAACAUUGACGUCGACCCCAACAAAAUCACCCUCACACUCGAGCCGUUCAAGCUACAUCUCCAGUCCCAGCUUCGGAAAUUGCAGAGGCAACAACACCAAGAUGUAGCAGAAAUGGUGCAUGAGCUGAAACAGCUCGUCGUAACAGGACUUGAUCUGAAAGACGAACCUCUAUCGCCGGCACCUCCUCGCGAUCUCGAGGUUCCUGUGGUGAUCAGCGAACGUUUCGCGGCAGCAUGCGGAUUGCAAGGUCAAGAUGCAGCGGCGACAGAAAACAGCAUGUUUCCUGACUUUCCCCUGAAGGAGGGGUUGGAGGCUUUCUUCUACCACUUCAACGGACUCUCCCAGGCAUUCGAUUCAAUGUCCUAUCUGAGAUUCCUUAAAAUUUUAUGGGUGAUGGAUCGCAUAAGAGAAAGUAACGAUUGGACCAAGAUACAGAAAACGAACCCAGGAGGUAUCUAUGACAGAUGCGUCCGAGAGAUGGACAGACGACUCCGCGACGAAUGCACCAGGGUUAAUCGCAGUCAGAUACCCCUCAAACUCCUUCUCCAACUUCCGGAUGAAGCUUUCCACAUCUUGCCACCUGCAACACCGACAAACACAGCAGUCAGUGUCAAUCAUCUCGGUGUCCUGCUCGACGUAUCCGUGCUCCCAGACCCGAAUUCCCACACCCUCCGCAUCGUGCGAAACAUGGACGGCACGCUAGGCGUCGAAAGCACCACGGUCACCACCACAGAGUCCAGCGGCACCAUGUCGAGCGAAACGCGCAUUCGAGUCCUCGACAUCGACCCCAGAUCCGCCUACUUUAUCCCCAUUUACGCCACACCUGUAGAAGACGGUUCCGCCUCUCUCACCGCCAAGCUUCAGUUCUCCAGAGAUGGCGUCAAUGGCAUAGCUCCAGAGUUCAAAUCGAAGGACGAUCUCCUGCGCCUGCAACAUCUCGUCACUGGCUACAAAUGCGUUAAUAAGCGGACGGCUGGCACUUUCAUCACAGUCACCUCGCUCACCGAGGGCCAAUCCUACCCCUGGCCCCAAGCGCAAGUAAGGUCCUCAAGAAGACCGCCCAAAGAACUCUGCGAGUUCGGAAACAUCCAAAUGUGGCAAAAAGUCUCCUUCGAGAGCACCUCUGCGUUAAAGGACAAGAAGCCAUCGGACCACACGCGCCGCGUAUCAGAGCUGUCUGGCCACACAGCGAGACCCUCAAUAGGAAGCAGUAUGUCCUUCUCCAGUGCCGGGAGUAUGUCCUCUGCUCAUAUGCACCAAGUCACGGUUGGCUCGUCCGGCGUCGGGAUUCAACUCACAGAACCUGAGCCUCCUCGCCUAGUCCUGUUUCUCAAGGAGAAGGAGCAGGGUCUGCUCUCGUUUCUCGCUAUUGAGCUGGAUGAACGCACGUUUGUGAAUCCCUUCAGCUGUGAGUGCGGGAGCAGAGGGAAAACAUGCACAGUCAGUGUAAUAGAACGGUCGGAGAAGCCUCUACUUGCGCGUCGGUAUUAUGCGAGAGAGGGUCUUAAUAGCUGGAACCUCGCUGCACUUGGGGAAUACUGGCCAGCGGACGACAGUGGCGCUUUUCAAGAAGGAGUCGCAGCGCAUCAAGUUCAAUGA